AUGCCGACUCCAUUCGAUACGAUAUCCUAUAACUUCGCGAAUCAGACCUGUACUACAUUCUUCACCGACUUCCUUGCCAACUCGACCGUUACUGACUGCCAUGCUAUCUCACUACUCCUCGAGAACUCCAAUUCUUUCUUCCACACCUUGAGUUCCGCCGCGGCUACCUCGCGCGUCCUAGAUGUUACUUGCUCCCAGUCGGUCACGAAAUGCGCUUCCAUUAUGACCAACCUGGCUAGUGAGAUGAUCAAAACUGAGAACUGUGGAGAUGACUACAGCGCGGGAAACUCGGUCGUGCAGGGCACCUACCAAGACUUGAUGGCAUAUGAGCCCGUCUAUCGAGCGACUUGCUUGACAAACCCCGACACAAAGGACUAUUGCUUUGUUGACGCGGUGCAGAAUACGACAGCACCAAAUGAUUACAAUGUCUAUUUCAUACCGGUUGGUACGCCGCUCACCAAAUCGGGGGUUCUGACCUGCAACGAGUGCCUGCAAGCCAGCAUGGAUAUUUUUGCCCAGUGGGCAAAGGUCAACAACCAGGCUCUGGACACUACCUAUGUUCCAUCCGCAAAAGUUGUUAACAAAUAUUGCGGGGCCAACUUUGCCAACACCAAUGUCACAGUCGGCUCCGAUAGAGUCACAGCUGGUGCUGGGCUGAGUGUGCAGCUACCUGGGGCUCGACUCGCAUUAUCCGUUCUGGGACUAUUCCUUGGACUUGGCUAUAUGGGAAUGCUCUAA